CUUCCUACCGCGAACCUUCGCAUGUUGCCGCUCCAUUUUUCAGAUGAGCGCUCGACAUCCUUUCGUUCCCACAAGGUCUCGCCCAGCGUCGCGGGCAGCUCAUCAAAAUUCCCCUGCCCCUCUUCAAAAGUCUGCUUUUGCUCCCGAUAGAACGGAUCCGCUUCAUUCGAAUGCAGACGCUAAUGGAAACACUGACAGUGCGCCGCCUCUGAACCUCCAGAAUCUGAUGAAGAAGAAGUCUUUUGUUUCCGGCAAAAACACCAUCUCUGCACCUGGACGACGCGCGUCAACCUCAGAACAUGCGAUAGAGAAGGAGAAGGGGCCUCUGCCUGGAUUUCCCAGGCGCGUCCAGACGUCGACUCCCAACAUCGUUGCCCCGCAUCCUCUGCCAAUGUCUCUGCCAAUGUUUCCGCUCUUUGCUGGCGCUGAUCUCGCCGUUAAAGCAACUGAUCCCUCCCAUCCUCAUACUCUGCAAUCGCCUACCGAAAAGGACCCGCAUAUACCCACCUCUUUUGCUGUUCCUGAUGUCUCUUUUGCAUCUCCUGUCAAGCCGAACACGAAAUUUCAACACAAGUCGCAGCCUCAUCCUGGUGGCCCUUAUCGCGCAAACGAAAAUAGGAGUAAGCGAAGUAGGAGCGAGUUAGGUGAAGACGAUCUAAUGUAUGCCUAUGAUACGGGCUAUGGUUCUGGUCAGAAUAAGAGAUACAAAAUGGAUGGUCCAGACAAACAUCCUGGAUCAUUCUCCCCUGACCCUCUGUCAAGUCCGAUGCGCCACUCGGAAUACCGCAACAGUCCUACAAGUUCAAGUCGUGGACAUCGUCAACACCCGGGCAACGAAUCCUUCCAUGACUACGAAACUCACACCUUAUCACAGGGCAACAAUGAAGGGACCCUCGAUAAACUUCUUGGACGUGAUGCCAACCUGUUCGUCGAAGAGCAUAUGGACAAUUAUGAGGUCCUGAUGGAGAAAUGGAAGAACUGUACCAUAGACGAAUGGGUUGCUGGGGCAGAUGUCAUUAUGGUCAAGUACUCAAAGAUACUCGAGUUCGUUAAGGCUCAUAUGACGAUGAAGCUCAAGUUAUUUGCAACCUUUGAUAAGCAAGUCGAUUCUCAUGGCGUUGUUCUCGAGGAGCGUCAGAAGGUGCUAGCUGGGGUAAAGCAGAGCUUGAAUCCAACAUUUCUUCCAUCACGUUUCCAUCAGUGGCCGGGGAUGCCAUCCGAAUGGCACGACCAAGUGGCGGUGUCAUGGGCUGACCGCUUGUCGCCGUACAAGUACCUUAAUUCGUCACUUCCUCCAGCUCACUGGGCACUGCGGCCAGUAAACGCUCUGUCCACGCAUUUUGGCCAACGCAAAUAA